AUGGCUUCUUCGUCUACAUCGUCCUUGCCGACAUACCAGGUACUCGACUCUCUGCCUCCAUCAGCCCCAUCCAUUCCUUCUGGAUUCACCCAGUCCGUCCGCAGCUGGUGGUCAAAUGUUGGCUUCAAGCAAUCCCAGACUGCUGAGCUUCGGAUAUUGCUCCGUGUUCCCUACUUUUCAAAGUACUCAAAGCCACCUUCCACAACACCAAAUGCUCCCCUGACAGUCUCUUCCUCGCUCGUGCCACUAUCGACCCCGAAACAUUACAUCAACACCCUCGCCAUGACCUCCACCGACCCAGACACUUCAGACACAGCACCCCCACCCGCCGUGUUGCUGCAUGGUUAUGGUGCAGGCCUGGGGUUCUUCUUUAGGAACUUCCCCACUUUGGCCCAUUGGGCUGAGAAGAGGAGGUCUUCGGUCUUCGCUAUCGACUGGCUGGGGAUGGGACGCUCGGCUCGUGUGCCGUUUACUGUCAAAGCGAAGCGAUCUAGCGUCAAGGAGAGAGUGGAGGAGGCAGAAGCAUUUUUCAUAGACUCCCUCGAGGACUGGAGGAAGCAAAUGGGCCUGGAGCGCAUGACGUUGAUUGGCCAUUCAUUGGGCGCCUAUCUCAGUGUUGCUUAUACCCUCAAGUUUCCAGAACGUGUAGCAAAGCUUGUCUUGCUCUCGCCGGCUGGUGUACCCCGGGGCCCUAACUUCACGGAAGUAUCCAGAGAACUCACGGAUCAUGGCGCAGACCCAGAAGGCGAACACCACUCCCAUCCUGAGCGGGAUCCCACCAAGGCCGAGCCAGCUUCUCAAGGCAGGGUGUCUUCCCUCCGUUCGUCACAGAAGAGACAUUCCCAUCAAACAAACCAAUCUUUCAGCCGCCGAAUAUUCUCUUAUCUUUGGGAGGAAGGAUUCUCGCCGUUCCAGGUGGUUCGUUCGACGCUUUUCUGGGGUCCAUGGCUCGUCGGAAAGUAUUCGAGUCGACGGUUCCAGGGUCUGACAGAAGAAGAUACACGAGAUCUGCACGAUUACAUCCUGAACAUCACAUUCGCCAAGGGAUCGGGCGAAUAUUGUAUUUCUCAUUUGCUCGAGCCCGGUGCUCACGCUCGGAUGCCAAUUGUCGAUCGCAUAGCUGGUGUCAAGGUGCCAGUUACCUUUGUGUAUGGUGAUCACGACUGGAUGGAUCCCGUGGGCGGGAUGCAGAGUGUCGAGAAGCUUCGUCAGGCAGGAAAUGGCGAGGGUAAGAUGUACAUUGUCAACAACGCGGGCCAUCAUCUCUAUCUUGAUAAUCCUGAUGCAGUAAACGCACUGCUUUUGAAAGAGCUCGAUAAGCAACAUCGUAAUCUCCAUAACCAUCCUGCACAUCAUCGCAACAGCCAGACAUCGGGCGAUUCGUCGUCGUCUACUGGUCCCAGCUAUCAUGAUUUUUAUUGA